CUUUUUAUCACAAUAUUAAAUAUAUACCAACUACUAAAUUACAAACGAAAUUUCUAAUACUAAAGCUCUUAUCUUAACAACAUAUAAUAAGUGUCAAAGAAGGGUAAGUAGAUAAUCUUUAGAUUAUGAUAAAACCAUCAACUUUGUGGUUGCAAAUAUAAAAAAGAUGAAUGAUUCAAAAAAGAUGUUGUAAAGCUGAUGUUAAGUUUUUUAUGACCCAAAGCUGAGUCAUGCAACUGAAAAAGUGAACCCCAAACAUCCCUUUCUUUUCCCAUAUAAAUAUAUGCAUUUGUCUAAGCAGUUUGGAGACCAACACAGAACAUUUGUGGUUGACAGCAUUUCAUUUCAUUUCACUUCAUUUUUAUGCAACAAAAAGAAGCAAGUAAAAUGGAUAAGAUAAGCAGCAAAUCAACAAGUGUGAAGACGAACAGCAAGCAUAUUACACAUGCUAUUGAGAUGUCAUCAGAAUAUAAAAUUUGCUUUAGAAGCUCUCCAAAAGCAGUUUUACCAGGCCAAGCUGCUCAAUAUCAACUUAUGCAAUCUCCAUCAAAACGUUAUUCCAAGAUUAGACACAGUGGAGUGAAUUCUGUGAUUGCUAAGAUGAUCAAACUCGGUGAAUGCGUGAAAGGCGACGAUGAGGAGCAGAGUCUCAAGUACCUGGAGUUCGUGCAGGCCGCGGCCCUCCACACGGUAAUGUUCGCUGCGAGGCUGUACGAUUACGCCAAGGAGAGAUCGGGCCCGCUCAAGCCCGGCGUUGACGACAAUUUGGAGACCAACACAGAACAUUUGUGGUUGACAGCAUUUCAUUUCAUUUCAUUUCACUUCAUUUUUAUGCAACAAAAAGAAGCAAGUAAAAUGGAUCAGAUAAACAGCAAAUCAACAAGUGUGAAGACAAACAGCAAGCAUAUUACACAUGCUAUUGAGAUGUCAUCAGAAUACAAAAUUUGCUUUAGAAGCCCCCCAAAAGCAGUUUUACCUGCUCAAUAUCAACUUAUGCAAUCUCCAUCAAAACGUUAUUCCAAGAUUAGACACAGUAAGUGGAGUGAAUUCUGUGAUUGCUAAGAUGAUCAAACUCGGUGAAUGUGUUGAUAGUUUUUCUAAAGGAAUCCGGGAGCAUGUGAAACUAAGUCCCAAGUUAAGUGAGACAGUGAAAGGAAAAUUAAGCUUGGGGGCAAGAAUCCUUCAGUGAGAGAUCCAUCAAAGUCUCAUCCCCAACAAUUGGGAAGCUUGUAAAAGUACAUUACAAGGUUAUGAUUCCACUCAGAAAAAUAGACACAGCUAUUGAAGCUCAGAGUGCCAAAAAAACAACAACACAUAAGUAUUUGAAGAUAGUGACAGAGGACAAUUUCGAAUUCUGGUUCAUGGGCUUUUUCAACCUUCACAAAACUUUGAACUGUCUCCACCAGGCAAUCCACCAAUCCAGAUGAGACUUUUUCCAAAUAUUUGGACUUCUCAAGAUAUAUAUUAAUAUUUUUCAAUUUGUUUGUUUGUACAAUGUCCAAUAUCUAGAUAAGCUAGCUAAGCUAUAAGUACUUUGUAUAAAUCUGUAACAAAACUCGGAGGCCUAUGAUGUUGUAAUUAUUGUUACCAUGUUUUUUUAGAGGAAAAUCCAUUGCUUCAAUUCUGCAAAUAUGUAAUGCCCCAUUUAUUUGUGGA